GUGUCAGUGCCAAGUUGGGGAGAGUUUCAGUCCUUUAGUGUAUCGCUUAUGUGGUGGUCAUAGAGAUGUAUAUGUGUUGAAAUUUGGAGAGUUUUUGACUGCUCUGAGUUGUUUCGACUGAUUUGGUGGUGUUCGUGAACUUUUUUGACUGUGUUUGGUGAUGUUGCUUGGAACGAUGCCCGAUAAAGGAGUUUCAGGUGGACUUUUGGUGCCCACUGUGAAAUCUAGGGCCACCGAUUUUUCCAUCGCCGCUAUCAUGUCUAGGGGAUCGGAGUCCGCUGAAGAAGAGAGGAGUGAACACCCUGAUGGCUCACCCCCUCGUCUCAGUUCCCCGGAGAUCGAGGACGCCCUCGAAGACGACGACGUAGAGGUCGACGUCGAAGAAUGCUCAGAUUCCGAAACGUCGCGAUCGGUCAAGCCGAAGUUACUUCGGCAAUCUCCGGACGCGUUAUCCGAGUGCGGUUCCGAGCCCGCCGAUCUGGACCGGGAAUCGCCGGACCUGAUGCCGGAAAAACCGCUUUCCACGAAGAACAAGAUCUUCUGCAACUGCGACGAGCUGCUGAACGUCGAAUGCCAUCUGGAGACCAAGGACCUGUGGGAUAAGUUUCACGACCUCGGCACCGAGAUGAUCAUCACCAAGACUGGAAGGAGGAUGUUUCCAACUUUGAGAGUGUCCUUUACGGGUAUCAGGCCCGACCAAAGGUACGCGGUGCUUCUGGACAUUGUUCCAGUGGACAACAAACGGUACAGAUACGCGUAUCAUAGAUCUUCCUGGCUGGUGGCCGGAAAGGCAGAUCCUCCAGCUCCUUGCAGGAUAUACGCACAUCCUGACUCUCCCUACACCGGUGAACAGUUGAGAAAACAAGUGGUUUCGUUCGAGAAAGUUAAACUGACCAAUAACGAAAUGGACAAGAAUGGACAAAUCGUAUUGAACUCGAUGCAUAGAUACCAACCGAGAAUACACAUAGUCAAGUGGAGGGAACAUUCUGGACCAAUCACAGACCUUGAACAGGAACAGUACAGGACCUACAUCUUCCCAGAAACGGUUUUCACCGCUGUUACGGCAUAUCAGAAUCAGCUCAUCACCAAGCUGAAGAUCGACUCUAACCCCUUCGCCAAAGGUUUCAGAGACUCAUCCAGACUGACAGAUUUCGAGAGAGAGCCAAUCGACUGUUUCAUGGACCAGCACUUCCUCCGUUCUUCCCUUCGUCUAUACUCCAACGACCAUAUGGAUGCUGAGAACAACAACGCGAACAUCUUCUCCGCGGCAAUGAUGGAGAAGGCUAGAGCCCAAAUACAGAUGUGGGGGAGAACAGGUGGGACCCCCUACGGCCCGACAGAUCUUCACGCUCUUCUCUUGAGCAGCGCACCAAGUCAGCAAGUUUACCUAAGUCAAAGGUCGUCUGUUAACUUGGGUCUGCAGGCGCAACUUUGGGGCCAGGGUGGUCCUGCUUGGCAGUCUCCCCUUCACGGUGGUCUUCCUCCGGGCCUCUUAGGCCCCCCUCCGCCACACAGGCCUCAAUUGACACCACCCCCUUCCUCAACCCCAAGUUCUUCCGGUUCACCAAGUCCCACUUCGUUGAAUUCGCCAUCGGAUUUGAGGCUGCCCAAAGCUAUGUUCCCAGGUCUUCACCGUUUUAGUCCGUAUGCUUCCCCUUUACCCAGACCUAAUCCUUCUUCAGUCAGUCCACAGUCAAGAAGUAAUCACUGAUGAACGUGGUUUGAUCUCCAGAAUACGUCAACCAAAGAGUCUUCAGUGGAAGACAGGCUAUGUGUUAAAUAUGUAAAUAAACAUAGUUAAUUUAUUACUGUAAAAUAUAGACGCUCUAUAGGAAUAGCAGGUUAUUAUGUGUAUAUUGUUGUGUAUCUAUAUUUUGUACAAGAAUUAUAAUCAGUAUUAUUGUAAAUAGGUUGGUGUAUAUUAAUUCGAGUACUUAGUGGAGUUCCAGGAGAACUUGUCAUAUGUUCCUUCAUCUCUGUAAAAUCUUCUGUACUAAAGCGUUGUGCAAUAUUCUUUUUAUAUCCCGGUCAUAGAGAUUGUAAAAAUAUUUGUCAUUUUAAUACUAUCCUAGUUCUUCAUGAAUUAUGAGUUGGUAAUUUUUAUCUUGAACCAUAUGUUGAUAGAUAUUGUUGUUGUAUAAAUUAAGUGGAAAUCGAAUGAAUAAAAUAUUAUUAAAAUCA